AUGGACGACAAAAUCGAAGAAGGAUAUGGACAAAACCCUCCCAGUGGAGACGCCAACGUGCUGGCCACGAUGGGUUACAAGCCCGAGCUCAAACGAAACUACUCUAUGAUCCAAGUUUUUGGCAUCGCUUUCAGUAUCAUGGGUUUGUUUCCCUCCAUUUCCUCGGCUCUGGUCUAUUCCAUGCCCUCAGGACCAGCAGGGAUGGUGUGGGGCUGGUUUGUGGCUUCUUUUUGCAUCAUGAUGGUCGGGCUGUCUAUGGCCGAACUUGGCUCCUCAUUGCCCACAUCUGGAGGACUCUACUGGUGGACCUACCACUUUGCUACCCCAAAGCUCAAGCGUCCCUUGUGUUUUCUGGUCGGUUACUCCAACACUCUCGGUCUGACAGCUGGUAUUGUCAGUAUCGACUACGGAUUCGCCCAGCUGGUACUAGCUGUGGCAGGAGUAGCUACGGAUGGAGAAUACGUCGCAACAAAGUACACGGUUUACGGCGUGUUUGCUGCCUGCAUCAUUUCUCACGCUAUCGUUGCGUCUCUUGCGUCUGAUGGAAUGUCCAAACUCCAGACUGGCUGCAUUGUUCUUAACAUUGCCAUCAUUAUCAUUGCCAUCAUUGCUCUGCCUAUUGGUGCACGACACAACCUACAUGACGGAGCCUACAUUUUCGGCAAGCUCGAAAACCUCACCACCUGGCCUACUGGAUGGACUUUCUUCCUGGGCUGGCUAGCCCCGAUCUGGACUAUUGGUUCGUUCGACUCGUGUGUCCACAUGGCCGAGGAGGCCUCCAACGCAACCAAAGCCGUGCCCUUCGGUAUCAUCUCUUCGAUUGGAAUGUGCUGGGUUCUCGGAUUCGUCAUCAACAUCGUUCUGGCUUGCGUGAUGGCUCCCGACACUGAACGAAUCCUCUCUACCCCCUUCCAGCAGCCGAUGGCACAGCUAAUUUACGACUGUCUCGGAAAGAAGUGGACCCUCGCUCUCAUGGUCAUCAUCUUCGUGCUCCAGUGGACCAUGGGGCUGUCUAUCGUUGUGGCAGCCUCGCGACAGUCGUGGGCCUUUGCUCGAGACGGAGCCCUUCCUUUCUCCAACUUCUUCAAGGUCGUCAACCACAAGGUCUCAAUCCCCGUGCGAGCCGUCUGGGGCAACUGCACACUCGGGCUGGUCAUUGGAUGUCUCUGUAUGAUCGACGCAGCCGCUGCUGCUGCCCUCUUCUCUCUGGCUGCUGCUUCUAACGACCUGGCAUGGAUGACUCCUAUCGCCUGCAGACUCAUCUGGGGUUACAAGAACUUCGUGCCUGGACCCUUCUACCUUGGUCGUGUGAUCUCCAAGUGUGUUUCGACUUUUGCUGUGCUUUACCUGUGUUUUGCCAUCUGUCUGCUGAUGUUCCCUCUGGAGGGACCCAACCCCAACAAGGACAACAUGAACUACACCUGUGUCAUUAACGUGGCCGUGUGGGCUGGCUCGCUCAUCUACUACUUUGGAUGGGCCCACAAGUGGUUUGAAGGACCUCAGAGCAACUUGGAGCUCGAGGGUAUGGAGGUUGAGGGAGUUCCUCAGCUAACAAAGAUGAACCAGACGGACCCCGCUCAGAGCGACAAGUCCGUCGAGUAG